AUGAAUGAAGAUGAAUCCACUUCAUUUCAUCAAUUAUCAACUAAUGAUAGAGCAUCCAAUUUACAAUAAAUGUAAGCUUGGUUUCUAAAUCCUAAAUUAGCUAUUACAAAUACUGAAUUAUUUACAACUUAAAUCUUUGAUGAUCUUAAAAAAUAAUGUCAAUAACAAAAUGAAAUACUAUAAGUCUCCCCUGAAUUUCAAGAAACAAAAUAAUUAAUUAAUUCUUUCUACAAUUAAGCAUAAAGAAUUAAUUUGAAAAUUAAGAAAAAAACAGAACCUCGUACUUAAUUUUAAGACAGAAUCAAAUAUUAAAAAGUUAAAGAAGAUGAAGAAGUAGAAAAAAAUAGAGAAAUAUUAAUUGAAGUCAAAAAAAAACUAUUAUGUAUUAUUAGAAUAUCUAAAUCCAUUCCUUUUAUCAUUAAUUUCAUUAAAACCUAAAAUGUAAAAGAUAAAUAAUACAAACUUACAUUAAUGGUAGAAGAUUCCUUAUUAGAUGGUAUCAAUUGGUAUCUUAUGUUGUUUAAUAUAAAAGAAUCUUAAUGGAAUAAGGAAUUACCUUAAGAAUGUAAGCUUAAAGAAAUUCUUUAUUAAUUGUUAACUAUCAUUUGGCAAUAGAGACAAUAAUUAAAAAAUGAAUUAAAUGAAAUCUUUUUCCGUUUGAAAAAAACUUAACUUAUCAAAUUAUUAGAUAAAUAAGGAGAGAUAUCUUAAAAGAAUGAUGAAUUUACAUAAUAAUCUACAAAAAUCUUAUAAUAAUUAUAAGAAUUUUGUAAUGGACUUGAAACAAUAAAAUUAUCACCAAAUAAAGCAAAUGGAUUAUAUUAUCUAUAAAGGAUAUUAUUAUCAUAUUGUUGGGUAAAACAAAUUGAACUAUCAGAAAUAUUGUAUCAUACUAGAAUUGCAGGUAGAUUGGAUAAAUUAAAAUAAGAUAAAGAUCAUAGCAAUGUUAUUAGAUUAAGAUAAAAAAUUACAUUCUUAAGAUUUGUUUAUAGAAUUCCUGCAGUUAAAUUAUGGUGUGAAUAAAAUUAAAUCAUUCCUUUUGAAAUGUAAUCUAAUAUACCUCAAUAUCUUCAAGAAGAAUAUGAUUAAUUUAUGAGUGAUAAAAAAGAUAAACUCUUUCCAGAUACAAAGGAAGAUUAUUUUAUAGAAUCUCAAUUAAAAUUUUUAGUCAAAAAUUUUUAACUUUACAAAAAUAAAAUUAGAGUUAUAUUCAAUGAUUUAAGAUUCAUUUAGAAUAAACAAGAAAUAUAUGAAUUAUAUAAAGAAUAUGUUUAUGAUGGUGAUAUUGAUAAAGUUUAGAAUCUAUAAUUUUAAAAAUAAUAAAAGGAUAUCAUAAUAGCAUGUUGUAUAAGAAAUUUAGAAACUAAAUUGUCAAAUGAAGAUUUCACUAAAUCAGUAUUCCCUCUUGUUAAAUUUAAUUUUUUAUUAAAAAAGGAGAAACAUUUUUAAUUCCAGUAAACUUCUUAUGAUAAAUCUUAUUAUUCAACUAAACCUUCUAUUGUUAAGAUAUUUCUCAUUGAUAUUUUAGCAUUAGAGUAACCAUUUCCAUAUAUUUUCGAAUUUAUCUAUUAUGAAGAUGGUAAAUUAUAAUAGUCUAUGAAAAGUACUACUUUAUAAGGGUAAUUCUUUUAUUGUCCUCAAAUAAGAGAACAUUUAUCAAAAAGAUAUUAAUUUAAUAUUAAAUUAAUUGAAAAUGCAAAUAAAGUAACUUUUACUUAUUUACCUACUAUUCAUUAUGAUUAUGUUAAACCAGCAACAACAAUAUUAUGGGAAGAUAUAUUAUUAUAAGAUCUAAAACUCAUUGAAUAACAUAGACAUUAAUUAGUAGAUGAAAUUAAUUUUAUGGUUCACAGUAAUCAAUUUUAAAUAAUAAAAUAAUAAAUAGAACAAGAAUCCAAGUAUUUUAGUAAUCAUCUUAAAAUUAUGAAUGAACUUGAAGUAUUUAGUAAUUUGAAUUACAAUGGAAAGAAAUUAAGAUGUAUAUGA